AUGAGCACAACACAAAAGCUCACCAAGAAGCAAAAGAAAGGGUUAGCCUUUCGCGAACGCCAAUCAAGCAAACGAAAGCCAGGAGAUGCCACAAUCGCUGACAUGGAUGAUAAUGCGGUCCCUAUCAUGGAAGACCAGGAUCUGGCUACUACUUCAGGCGAUGGGUUACAAAUUGAGGGAGAUCCGAAGCAGACGAAGAGCACAACAAGCACGGGCGAAGUCGAAAAGGGAAGCGGCCAAAGCGAGGGAAAGGGCAAAGAAAAACGCAAACAAGAAUCUGGGUUGGAUGUGGAAUCGAACGGGCCGCGGAAGCGGAAACGCGAAAGCGAGGUGGAUGUGGAGGAAGUGAAAAAGUCGGCCGUGGUGAAGCGGAAAAAGUCAGGGGACGAGGAGAGUGGUGAAGGGGUUGGGAAGGACGUAGGUUCGACAACGGCGCAGCAAAAACAGCGGUUUAUUCUAUUCGUUGGCAAUUUAAAGUACACUACCUCGAGAGAGGCCAUAGCAGCUCACUUUGCGGCAUGCGAUCCACCGCCCUCAAUUCGCUUGCUUACACCAAAACCAAAACCUGGAAGCACACAACGCGCCAAGUCGAAAGGAUGUGCAUUUUUGGAGUUUACCCAUCGGAAUGCUCUCCAGCAAGCACUCAAGCUGCACCAGUCCAUGUUGGAGGAUCGUAUGAUCAACGUUGAGCUAACUGCUGGCGGCGGCGGCAACAGCGGAUCAAGACUGGAGAAGGUUCGAGAACGAAAUAAAGCGCUUUUGGUUCAGCGUAAAGACCGCGUAGAGAAGGAUAAAUCCAACUCAGAUCAAAAAACCUUCCCAAGCAUGCCUGACAAGCCUCAACGGUACUCGAAAACGUCUGGAUUAGAGCAGAAGCUUUUGGUAAAGAGGACGUGGACCGUGGAGGAUGAAGUGGAUGAUGGAAAGACUCGACGUGGAGGUAAGAAGCAUGUGAAGGGGAGUAAAACGAGGGUGAAAGAUUGGGGGACGGGUGUAAAUGCGAUUCCUGUUGGCUAG